UUGGAAGAUAUAAUAAAAGCAAUCUUAGUAUGGAAGCCGCAUCAAGUUUUGCAUAUUUGAAGUGCUAUGACAAUAAGGAAGAAGAGGAGGAAGACAACCUCUCUGUGCUCUCUGAUGAGCUGAAUAGAAGCUUUGAGUCGGAUGAUGAAGACGACGAUGUUGAUUUUAUGUCACUCAAUCAAAAUUCAAUGCAGUUACAGGAAGAUAAAAGUCAAGAAGAAGGGCUAAAGAAUAUCUUUCCCCCAGCUCCUUCACAAGUUCCUCAGAUGAUGGGACAACAAAAUGUUAGAGAGUCCGCUCCAAGACGUAUGUUUAGAAGAGAAGCUUCAUCAAGUCCUGUUAGAGAUGAACAAGAGCAAGAGAAGAAGGUUAUAUUAAUUGGAGAACCAGGAUCAGAGUUCCCUGUCAUAAUAGAAGACCCUAAUAAAAAUCUUAUGGUUUGCCCAGAACCUGGCCUUAGCAAUCCCCAUCCAAAUGACCCUAACAUCAUGAUUUGCCCUGGUGCAGAGCCUCCUCCAAUGAUACACGAAAAUCUAGAUGGAAAUCUCCAGAUUUGUCCUCCAGGGAAUCCUCCACCUCCAAACGACCCAGACAUCAUGAUUUGCCCAGAGGAAAUGCCUUACCCUGAAGUCAUCGAGAACCCAGACGCUAACAUGCAGAUAUGUCCUCCAGGGAAUCCUCCUCCAUCUCAUCCAACUGAUCCAAACAUUAUGAUUUGUCCUGGAGCAGAGCCUUUCCCAAUUCUCAGCAAUAAUCCUGACGCAAAUCUCCAGAUUUUGACCCCUCCUCUAGCACAAGGAUCGAAUCUUUCAAACAACCAGAAUACAGGUUCAAUGCCUCCUCCCAGAAUGGGCGAGAAUUUAGGCUACAUGCCUUCAUCAAGAUCUGAAAUAAACCCUGAAGGCUCUUCGAUACCCCUACAAAGACGAAUGAGGAAGAAGAAGGAAGCCAAAGCCAGACAUGCUCGUCAAGGAAGGAAGUUCAAGCACCAGAUAGACACAAAUGUUAUCAGGCUCAAGCUCAAAGUUCUGAAAGAUGAUGCUGAACUAGCUGCUGGCGACCCCAUCUUCUGUGGCAAAUGCAAUGCUGUGUUCAACAGCCACAGCACUCUUGGAGAGAAGGAAGAGAACAAACUUGAAGAAAUCAAAGAGGAAGUGGAAGAUGAAGAGGAGAAGGAAGAAGCCAUGGAGGAUUCCAAGCUCUGGAUCUGUGAGUUCUGCAAUCAUAGGAAUCAUAUCAUGGUUGAGCCUGAGGAGAUCCCGAGCAAGAAUGCAAUGAAUUACAUUAUUGAGACAGAGGAACUUGAUGAAGCAAAGAAGAAACAUACAGGAACAGCUGCAGUGAUCUUCUGCAUUGAUAUCUCUGGAUCUAUGUGUGUCACCAAAGCUGUUGAUGGCAAGUUCAAAAUCAAGGGAGAUAAAUAUGAUGAACUUCAAAAACUCAUGAAAUAUUCAGAUGGUUCAGACCAAUUCGCCUUCAAUGACAGAAAUGUUACUUAUGUUUCUAGACUUCAGUGUGUCCAAGCAGCCAUUGAAGCUCAGCUGAUUGACAUGAAGGCUGAGAAAUCAAAGAAGAAGGUUGGCUUGGUUUCAUUCAAUGGAGAAGUAAACAUCAUUGGAGAUGGUACUCAAGACUCUCAGACCAUUUCUGGUGACAAGCUCAAAAACUACCAAUACUUAUUAGAAAAUGGUCAGGAAAUUGCAAAAACUCAUAUGUCUCAAGGAAUAGAAGAAUCAAGCGACCAACUCAAUGAAAAGUUAUUUGCUCUCGAAGAAACUGGUCCUACUGCUCUUGGACCUGCUGUUGCCUCUUCCAUCGCCAUGGCUGGUGAAUGCGGUAAUGGCUCCCAAGUCUUCAUUUGUACUGACGGUUUGGCAAACAUUGGAGUUGGAUGUCUUGAAGAGCAAAAGGACAGCACCAAUGCUGAGCAAGAUGUUGCUACUUUCUACGAACAACUUGCUGACUAUGCUGCAAGUAAGGGAGUUACAGUCAACAUCAUCAGUAUCAAAGGAGAGGAAUGUGACCUUGAAACAUUAAGUCCUCUCUACGACAAAACCAAUGGUAACGUCGAGAUUAUCGAGCCAGAUGAGCUCAAGAAUAACUUUGCUAACAUGAUGAAGCAAGAAGUCAUUGCUACUAGAGUUGUCACAAAAAUUAAGCUUCAUCAAGCUCUUGAGUUCAGAAACGAAGAUGAAAUUGACUUGAAGGAUAACAAGACAUUACUCACUAAAGAUCUCGGAAAUGUGACAGAAGAUUCUGAAAUAACAUUUGAGUAUAAGCUCAAAUUAAAGAGUGAACUUGAGAAGAUUAAAGGCUUUGACAUCAAAAACCUAAAACAAAUUCCGUUCCAGACAAUUAUUGAGUAUACAAAACUAGACGGAAUGAAGUGUAUUAGAACACUAACACAAGUUCAGAAGGUUACUGAUCAGAUAGAUGAAGCUAAGGAUAAUGCUAAGAUAGACAUCCUUGCCAUUAAUGCAGCUCAGCAGGCUUCAAAGCUUGCUAAGAAGGGAGACUUCAGAUCCGCCCAAGCUUAUAGUAUGAACCAGAAGAACUACAUCAAGAGCAAUAUCAAGACUGAUUCCCAGAAACAAGUCUAUCAAGGAUGGAGCCACCAAAUGAAUGAAAUGUAUGAUGAUAUUCAUAUGCAGAAUAAUGUCGAGGAGAUGAUGGAAGGUGACCCUGGAAUGAUGGCUAAAGAGGAAGCACCAGCCAAGUCAAAGAAGGGAUUCUUUUCAAAGUUAGGAGAUAAGCUCAGCAAAAACUUGAGAAAGGGAACACAGUUUAAUAGCAAGAAUUUUAAGUAGAGGACACCUAUAAAACUAUCUUCA